ACACAGGUGAAAGGCAGCCAUGAUGUCGACGACGGCUUCGCUCCCCCUGGCUCGAUUGCUCGGGCGGGCCGCGGAGACACGGCCGCAGCGUUUCCAGCCCGUACGCGCUCAACGACGUGUAUGCGCCAAGGUUGUGUCUGGAGGCGUCGACAUGGCUCUUGAACCGAAGAACACGAGAGAGGUAGAGAAUAGGAUCCGGCAGGAGCUCCUGGACCCCAAGCAGCUGCCAUCGUCCUACGACACGGCUUGGCUUGGAAACAAGUUCGUCAGUUCAGCACUGGACAUAAAUUCACAACUUUGCCUGGUUGACACCCUUGAAAAUAUGGGAAUAUCAUCUCAUUUUUCUUGUGAAAUAAACAGCACAUUAGACAUGGCGUACAGGUCCUUGCUGCAAAAUGAUGGCAACAUAACAAUGGACAUGGAGACAUGUGCAAUGGCAUUCCGCUUGCUACGCAUGCACGGAUAUGACAUCUCCUCUGAUGUAUUGUCUCAUUUUGCUGAAGAGUCUAGAUUCCACGAUUCAGUUGAAGCGCAUCUGAAUGAUUCCAAGGCUUUGCUCGAAUUGUACAGAGCUUCACUAGUACGUAUCUUGGAAGAUGAGGGGACUCUAGAAAAGAUCGGUGCAUGGUCGGGUAAACUACUGAAGCAGCAAUUGUGUUCCAACAGACUGUCAAGAUCAAUAUCGCCUAAAGAGGUGGAAUAUGCUCUUAAAACUCCAUUUUACUCGGCCACCUUGGAACCACUACAGCACAAGAUGAACAUUGAACGUUUCAACACCAAGGGCAUCCAGAUGCAAAAAUCAUCAUACUUGGCAUGUUAUGCAACUGAAGAUAUUCUGGCAUUAGCCACUGAAGACUUCCAUGCCGCGCAAUCUAUUUACCAGCAACAACUCCAUCACAUUGAGACAUGGGCGAAGGAGUUUGGACUGGACAAGCUCAAGUACGCACGAGUUAUGUCUUGGGAUGUCUUUGUCUUUAUGGCUUCCACCGUGUUUCCUCCUGAACAAUACGACGCCAGCAUUGCGUGGAUCCAGAAUUCUAUCCUGACCGUAAUAGCUGAUGACUUCUUUGACGACGGAGGAUCAAUAGAGGAGCUAAAGAACUUCAUCGAUCUGAUUGAGAGGUGGGACGCAGACGCCGGAAUUGAGUUCUGCUCUGAGGAUGUAGAGAUCCUAUUCCGGGCUGUCUACGACACCAACAACCAGAUCGCAGCGAAAGGUGCGGUGGUGCAGAACCGCAGGGUUGUCGACCACAUUGCUCAAGUUUGGCUUGCCUUGGUGAGGGCCUACAUGGUCGAGGCAGAUUGGGCGAGGACAAGACAUGUGCCGACCAUGGAAGAGUACAUGGCGGUCGCGGAGGUGAGCAUUGCGCUUGGCCCCGUUGUUGCGCCAUCGAUAUACUUGGUUGGGCCAGAGAUUUCAGAGGACAUGGUGAGGGGUCCAGAGUACAAGGAUCUGCUCAGGCACAUGUCCAUUACCAUUCGCCUCCUGAACGACAUCCGCACGCACAAGAAGGAGAUGAGCGAGGGUUGCAUCAACAGCAUCCGCAUGUGCGCCCUCCGUGACGGCCCCGAGGUAUCUCCGGCGUCCAUCGAAGCGGCGGAGAGGGAGAUUCGGGGGGUCAUCGCCGACUCGCGGAGGGAGCUGCUCAGGCUUGUGGUCAGCGAGGCAGGUGUUCUUCCUAGGCCGUGCAGAGACAUCUUCUGGAACUCGCACAAGAUAGCGCACCAUUUCUACGCUGAGAGGGACGGCUUCAGCAGGCCCAAGAACCUGAUCGCCGCGGUGAAUGCGGUUGUGCAUGAGCCAUUGCGAGGAACGCCUUCAUGAAGUCAACGUCACCCACUCUAGCUUUUGUAAGCAUACCCUUAAAGAAAAAGGGGGGCAAUGGACAAGGAGGCUAGUAUGAACCAGGACAUCUAGGCCACAAGUGGAGUCGUGGAGACCAUUGUGUUAGGCCCGUCCUUGUUGGCUUUUGGAAAUACGGUAAUUCUAAUCCUUGGAGGACAGCGUUAUUCGAAUUCAUGUUCACUGCCUCUUUUCUUCUCUGUCCAAAGACCAAAGUGCCGCAUGAUUUUAGGAGCACACAACGUUCAUGGAACACCCUGAUUCUGAUUGCCCAUCUAAAUUCUCAACGUUCUUUGUGGUUGCUC